CCAUUGCUUUACAGUUCACCAUUUCCCAGAUUGGGCAUAUAGCAAAAUAAAAACCUCACUCUACCCUUCUCUGCCUCUCUCUCUCUCUCUCUCUCUCUCUCUCUCACACACACAAAUAGCAGAGGCUACGCGUUUCUGGGUCCCUACCUGCAAUUUAGGGAAGAAACAUGGGAAGGAUUUCAAUACUCUUGAUAGGGAUUUUAGUAAUGUGCUGCUGGGCAGCCAUGGCAGAAGCGGAGUACAUGAAAUACAAAGAUCCUAAACAACCACUAAAUAUUAGAAUCAAGGAUCUGCUAAGCCGGAUGACAUCAGAGGAAAAGAUUGGGCAAAUGGUUCAGAUUGACCGGAGUGUUGCAUCGGCCGAGGUCAUGAAGAAGUACUUCAUUGGGAGUUUAUUGAGUGGCGGUGGGAGUGUUCCAGCUAAACAGGCAUCGGCUGAGACUUGGGUCAAGAUGGUGAAUGAUUUCCAGAAGGGUUCUCUAUCAACUCGUCUUGGGAUCCCAAUGAUUUAUGGGAUUGACGCUAUUCAUGGCAACAACAAUGUUUACAAGGCUACAAUUUUCCCUCACAAUGUUGGGCUUGGGGUGACAAGGGACCCUGAACUUGUCAAGAAAAUUGGAGCUGCUACUGCUCUUGAAGUUAGAGCAACAGGAAUACCUUAUGCUUUUGCGCCAUGUAUUGCGGUUUGCAGGGAUCCAAGAUGGGGCCGGUGUUAUGAAAGUUACAGUGAAGAUCACAAGAUUGUUCGAGCCAUGACUGAGCUCAUACCUGGAUUACAAGGAGAUGUUCCUGCUAAUUUCCGAAAGGGUGUUCCCUUUGUUGCUGGCAAAACAAAGGUUGCUGCAUGCGCUAAGCACUAUGUAGGUGAUGGUGGAACAACCAAAGGCAUCAAUGAGAACAACACUGUAACGACAAGAAAGGGUUUGUUCAGUAUCCAUAUGCCAGCCUACUAUGACUCAAUUAUCAAGGGUGUGGCAACUGUUAUGGUCUCCUACUCAAGCUGGAAUGGGAUAAAAAUGCAUGCUAACCGUGAUCUUAUCACUGGCUUCCUGAAGAACACCUUACGUUUCAGGGGUUUUGUCAUCUCGGAUUGGGAGGGGCUUGAUAAGAUCACUACUCCAGCUCAUGCUAACUACACAUAUUCCAUUGAAGCUGCAAUUAGUGCCGGAAUUGACGUGGCCAUGAUUCCUUACAACUAUACCGAAUUCAUUGAUGGUCUAACCCUCCUGGUUAAGAAUAAGAUCAUCCCCAUGAGCCGAAUCAAUGAUGCGGUAAGGAGGAUUUUGCGGGUCAAGUUUGUGAUGGGUUUAUUUGAGAACCCAUUGGCUGAUCUUAGCCUGGCCAAACAUCUUGGAAGCCAGGAGCAUAGAGAACUGGCAAGGGAGGCCGUGAGAAGAUCUCUUGUACUGCUAAAAAAUGGUGAAUCAGCUGACAAGCCAUUGUUACCCCUUCCUAAAAAGGCAUCAAAAAUCCUCGUCGCUGGAAGCCACGCAGACAAUAUCGGUAAUCAGUGUGGUGGGUGGACAAUUGAGUGGCAGGGACUUGGUGGCAAUAUCACAGUUGGUACCACAAUCCUUGGUGCCAUAAAAGAUAGUGUGGAUCAGAAAACUAAAGUAGUCUACGAAGAGAAUCCUGAUGCUGACUUUGUCAGGUCCAACAAAUUCUCCUAUGCCAUUGUUGUGGUGGGAGAGCCCCCAUAUUCAGAGACAAAUGGUGAUAGCUUGAACUUGACAAUCCUUAACCCUGGACCUAGCACCAUCACAAAUGUCUGUGGAGCUGUGAAAUGUGUUGUGGUCGUUAUCUCUGGUCGUCCUGUUGUGAUUCAACCUUAUCUUGCCACAAUUGAUGCCCUGGUAGCUGCUUGGCUUCCCGGAACUGAAGGCCAAGGUGUAGCAGAUGUUUUAUUCGGUGACUAUGGUUUCACAGGCAAGCUUGCACGUACUUGGUUCAAGACUGUUGAUCAGCUCCCUAUGAACGUAGGGGAUCCACAUUAUGACCCUCUCUUUCCAUUUGGAUUUGGACUCACCACCACACCGAUUAAGGCCAACUAGAAGUUCUACACAUCGGAAUCUAGUCUAAGAUAGCAUGAGACUAGCUAUUUAUUGCAUCUUGUUUGGUUGGCAAUAUGAUAAUUCCCAUCCAGUGGGUUUUUUGACUAGUGAUUUUAAGGACAGUUUGAAAUGUAAUAGCUGUGCGAGGUUUACUGCAUUGAUAUGGUUGAGGUCAUGGUCACACUGAGCUGCACAUUCUUGGCCAGCUAUCACCAUCUAAAGAUGUCUAGACAUUACCCUUC